CGGCCGGAGCCCGCUGCCCUCCGUGCCGGCGGUGGCGGGGCUGCAUCCUGGGCGUGCGGUCCGGCUGCGCCGAGGGACGGCGGAGAAAGAGACACCUGGGGACAUCACUUGGAGGUGCUCUGAGCUCAUGUCUGCAGCACAGAGCUGGUAGAGGGUGACUUUGCCUCUCAGAGCAUUGCGAGUGACACCUGCCCACGUCAGCCUGCAAGUGGUCUCUGGACAGAAAGCUGCAGCGGCCGCUCCUGGGCAAGUCGCGGACGCUGCCCAGCAUCCCGCAGUCGCCGGUGCUGAGCCGGCUGCCCCUGCUCGAGCCCGCCGCCUACAGGGACGAGAUGCCGGAGCAGAAGCCCUACAAGAAGCACUCGGCCUCCGAGCACCAGAAAGGCUGCACAGUCCCUUCUGCCGGGGAGGCCUGGCGGCUGGAGGAUGACUGCUCGGAGCCCCCCAGGGCCCCCCAGUUGGGCACGGCCGUGGAGGAUGCCCCGUUCAGCUACUUCCGCACACGCUCCUUUUACAUGAGGAAGAGCCUGUCUGUGGACAACCACCUGGGCUCCCUGAGCUACACCGUGCACCCGGCCGAGAGCAAGGCCGAGCGCGUCAGGACCAAGCUGCGGCGGCAGUUCAGCCUGGGGUCGGCAGACAAGAAGGACUUUUACCAGCCAAAGUCGGAGAGCAGCCUCGCUAGGUUUGCCCACCGCUUGUCGGUGAAGCAGAAGCAGGAGAAGAGAAGGAAAGCUGAGUAUGGCUCGGCCGAGCUGUCUGCCUUCCGGCCCAGGUCUCUGAGCAUUGAAUGGUCAUCCUCCCCUAAAAUGACACAGCAGAUGCGGGACCUGCAGCUGGCACAGGCCAGGAAGCCACCAGGCCCUUCCUCACCAAACGCGGCCAAGAGGCUCUACCGGAACCUGUCCGGGAAAUUCCGCGUCAACUACACCUCCUUCGACGAGGGCAGCCUGGUGGGACGGGGCGAGAAGGAGAAGCUCCGCAAGACCUAUCUGUUCCAGAGCAAUGCUGCACUCUUUGAGGCCGUGGAACUGCAGGAUCUUGACAGGGUGCAGGAGAUGCUGAAGCACUACAGCCCUGAGGAGCUGGACCUCAACACCCCCAAUAGCGAGGGGCUCCUGCCCCUGGACAUUGCCAUCAUGACCAACAACGCUCCCAUCGCCAAGGCCCUGCUGCAGGCAGGAGCAAAGGAGAGCCCGCACUUUGUGAGCCUGGAAAGCCGCUCUCUGCACCUCUCCACGCUGGUGCGGGAAGCAGAGCAGCGCGUCAACGAGCUGAUGGCGCAGGUGGUGAACGAGGCGCCCAACGCUGACUGCUCCGAGAAGGAGAAGCAGCUCAAGGCCUGGGAGUGGCGAUUCCGGCUUUACAAGCGCAUGAAGGCAGGGUUUGAGCAUGCCCAAGUGCCAGAUGCCCCCAGCAGCGUCCACCUCUCUGUGGCCAGCAGCACCUCAUUGCAGGUGACCUUCUGGGAGCCCCUGAGUGUCAACUCAGCCGUUGUCACCAAGUACAAAGUGGAGUGGAGCUGCUCCCCCACCUUCUCACCACUGCUGGGAGAAGCUGUGAUUGACAAGUUGAAGGACCUGCACUUCACCAUCCAGGGGCUGAUGUCGGGCACGGUGUACCACGUCCGCGUGUCUGCCUACAACAUGAAGGGCUGGGGUCCCCCGCAAGCCUCCACGCCCCCCUUCGCCAUCCCUUCCAACUGGCGGGAGUACGAUGGCCGGGCGCCGCGGCGGAGGGGACAGGCUGAGGCCCUGGACCAUCUCCUGGGCCAGGUGAAGACUGUCCAUCAGCACUGCAUUUGCCAUGAGCCCUGCAAGAACCAGCCCCAGAGCAGAAAGCAUUCAGUCUCCAAGAGCCUCAAGCACCUCUUCCACCCUGGCAGCAAGUUUCUCAAGACACUGAAGCGGGGCCUCUACCUGACAGCCAUCUUCUACAGGGAUGACAACAUCCUGGUGACCCAUGAAGACCAGAUCCCUGUGGUGGAGAUUGAUGACACCUACUCCUGCCUACUCAUGCAGGAUUUCCUCUGGCUCACCAAGGUGUCAUGUAUGUGGGAUGAGAUCCUGUGGCUGCGGCAGUGUGUCACCGUGUCCCAGUCCUCCUGCUCCUGCAUCCUGCAGACGCGCUUCAAGAUGCUGCUGGCCAUCUCGCAGAUGCAGGGGCUGUUGGGCAUCCAGGACCUGGGGCAGGUCUUCUUUGAGCCCAUCAAAGACAAACAGGGCAACAUCCUCAUCAUCACUCUGAAGGAGGUGAAGACCAACCAGACCUUUGAGAGUGUCCGCUGGGUGCCCAUCUGCAAGCUGCAGACCGGCCGCAAGUCUGUGUCCUCCCCCGAGGAGCCCACUGCUCUGGACACGCUGCUCAUCUCCCUCCAGGACAAGCUGGCUUAUCACCAGCGAAGCAGCCACGCCCUCUCCCCGGGCCUCUACCUGGGCUACUUGAAGCUGUGCAGUGCUGUAGAUCAGAUCCGAGUGCUGGUGCCAGAGCAGCUCCCCAACAUCCUGUGCCACGUCAAGAUCCGCUCCAACCCCAACAUCUCCAGGGAGGAGUGGGAGUGGCUGCAGAAGAUGGCCAGCGUGGAGGAGCCUGUUCCCUCAGAGCCAGAGACUGACAGGUCUCAGAACCCAUUGUUUCAGGAGCUCCAAGUGGCCAUCAAGGAGCUCAUGACCCUAGUGAACAUCCCACUGCAAGAGGCCAAAGACUUCCGUCUGUACAGCCAAGAGGUGCUGGACUUUGGGGAUCAGGUCUCCUUCCUGCUGCUGCUGCCUCCAUCAGAUGACGUGUGCACCGCUCCAGGCCAGAACAACCCCUAUACCCCUCGCUCUGGCUUCCUCACACUGCCACUGCAGAUCUUCGAGCUGGUCCACUUCUUCACGUACAACCAGGAGUUCAUCACCCAGUACUGCCAGGUGUCCGCCCUGCUGGAGCUGGAGUCACUCCUCUCCCAGCAGAGCCUCAGGGAGGCUUUCUCCGAUGCUGAGCUCACCACCGCCAAGCAGAGGCACCAGCAGGUUCAGGACUACAUCCAGCAAAUGGAGGAGAUCUGGCGAGAGAUGCGCUGGAUCGUGGAUGUCCUGCAGCACGCCCGCUACAAGCAGCCCUCCUGUGGGAUCUCUCUCAGUGGCUUCCUCAGCGAGGCCGGGGCGGCAGUGAAGGAGAAAACCCGAUCCUCUUCAUCCCACCUUGACUACCUUCCAUCCCCAGUGCUCUCACCAGAGACCAGCCGCAAGCUCAACUCCGACUCGCACGGCCUGUCGGACGAGGAAGGCUCCUCUGAGGUGUUCCUGGCCACCGACAGCGACUAUGACUCCAGCCGGGCGCAGAGCCCGAAGGAGCUGGACCUGGUGUGCUCCACCUCGGGGCUCGAGGGCUGCAGCCGGAGGUUAGCCCGCACCCUGCGGGACAGUGCCCCGGACGUCCUGCAAAGCCACGAGCUCAAGACCCCACCCGCAGUGCUGCCACCGCCAGAGGAGCCCCGGCCACCGCCCCAGCUCUAUGACAGUGACUUUGUCCUGCCCAGCCGGCAGAUCGAGCUGCUGCGCAUCACUGAGAAGCGACAGGCGUACUGCGUUCGGACCAGCAGCCUGGACUUCCCCAAGCCCCACUGCCCCGCCCCGAGAAAGUCCUGCCCCGGCUCCGUGGACAGCUCCCCGGCCGAGAGCAGGACCACGGGCCCCUGCGGGCAGCUCAGGCUGGGGACUGGCUCCACAGCCAGCCCCGAGCGCCGCCGGAGCGGACAGGGCUCCGAGCCCGUCUGCCGGACGCGCUCAGAUGAGUGGACUCAGGACUUGCCAGACCAGCAUCUAGAGCAGCCUGGGGGCUUGGCCGACCAAGGGAAGAAGCUGGGCUCUGUCACCUUGAGGGUCUGCCCUCAGUACGAAACGGGACUCUCCAAAGAGACCAGUGUCAAGCUGCACAUCACCAGCCAGACGCCUGCCAGCGAGGUGGUGAAGCUGGUGGUGCUGGAGAUGAACAACAUCUCGCGGGACGUGCUGGGCGCCUCGGCUGCCGUGUGCUACGGCGAGGAGCAGCUGGAGCACUUUGGGCUGGUGUUCGCUGCCAAUGAGACCGAGCAGUGGCUCCCCGAUGACUUCCUGCCUCUGUCCCUCCACACCAGCCAGCCCGAGGGGCGGUUCUUGGUCCGCAUCAAGGAGACGUCCCCGCUGGUGCUCCAGUACGGGCCAGCGACCACCGUAUGAGAGGAGGAGAGUGGCGGGACGGAGCGGAGACCUCGGCUUCCAGAGAGCAGACAGCUCGUCUCUGAUGCUUCCUUCUUCAUACUGGGUUAUGUGUUCUUUGUUUGUGCUAUUUUUUAUUUUUUUUUUUUUUUUAACCAAAGAGACAUCGAGACUCAGUUUUUCUGACUGGAGAAGAGGAGGGUGGAGUCCAGAGACCUCAGAGCUCAGGAGGAAUCUCUGCAGGAAUGGAAUUUUUGAAAGUAAACAUUUUUAAGGAGAAACAGGGGAGAGAGAGAGAGAGGAAAAAUAUUACAAGAAGAAGCAGCAAUACUUUUUUUUUUUCUUCCCUUUUUUUUCUGAAAAACCUUGUUUGGGAUUCACUGAAGGCAAAACCACAGAGGAUUGCUGGGGAGAGCUGUGGUGUCAGUGAGGAGAGGGCAGGAGCCACAAGGACAAACCUGGGAAGGGUAUUUUCCUAUCUGCCCUCCUUUCACUGCACCUGGAGAAGUGAUUCUUGCACAAAGUUCUUGGAACAAAAUUAUAUUAGUAUUUUUAUUCUGAAAAAAGUCAAUAAUCAUUGUGCCAGAGCCACCGGAGUUGGGUAAAGGUGAAGACCCUUUGACUUGUGUCCAAGACUAAAGAAACCCACGCAGCCAGCCCCCUGCACUCACAGACGUGUCAAUACCACGCUAGAGAUUUGCUAUAGGGCAUCUCCUGCAACCCCCUGGGCUUCCCUGUCCCCCUGGGUGCCGUUUUGUUCUGGUGAUUGUGCUUCUCUAGUCCGUCCUCCAGCAUGACAUUUUGUUAGCCACUAGGUCUCCUGUUAACAAGGUUACUUCUCUGAUCUCCUGUGGUCCAUAGUAAAGAUGACUGCUGCUGACUGCA